ACACAUGAAUGCAUCAUUAAAGUGUGUUCAUGAUCAUAGCGUUUUAUCUGGAUUUUAAUCCCCUUUAUCUGUGUUUAGAUUACUGUCAACGAUUAUUAAUGUGCUACUUUUAAGUUUGUCCACGUAUGAAAUCCAGAUAAGGUCCAGGUCCAGGCGCGCUCUGAAGACGUCUCCUGGGUGGCGUGUUCAGGACUGACCAGUUAAUGCGUCGUUUCCCCGUCUGUAGCGUGCAGAGUAUGAAACAACUAACAUUUGGACUGACCUUUGUUCGACAUGGGGAAACACGAUACAAUAAAGAAGGCCUUCUGCAAGGCCAGGCUAUCGACUGCCCCUUGUCUGAGACCGGGCUGCAGCAGGCUGAAGCUGCAGGCCAUUACCUGAAGGAGGUCAAGUUCAGCAAUGUGUUUGUCAGUGACAUGCUGCGAGCCAAACAGACUGCUGAAACGAUAGUGAAACACAACAGCAGUUGUUCUGGUCUACAAAUGGUGUGCAAGCCUUUACUCAAAGAGAAAAGCUUCGGGACUGCAGAGGGGGGACGUGUGCAGGACUUCAGAGAGAUGGCAAAGGCAGCCGGUCAGACCGUUCAGAGCUUCACGCCUCCUGAAGGAGAGACUCCGGAGCAGGUGAAGCAGCGGGUCAAAGAGUUUCUGGAGAAAAUGCUGCAGCAGAUUGGAGCUGAACACUGGGAUGACAGAGGGGAGGAGGAAGCCUCUUUAUCUGCUCCGCAACACACUCCUUCUGUGGAGGGCAAAGCAGACGAUGGGGUCAGUGGUGUCCCAGUGCAUACUCUUGUUGUCACCCACGGGGCCUACAUGUGUAUCGCAGUACGCUACUUUGUGGAGGAGUUAAAUUGCUCCGUGCCUUCAGGCUCUGACAAAGCACACAUGUUCUCUUUAAGUCCUAACACGGGUCUGUGUCGGUUUUUACUAACCAUGAGGAAAGAGGACGAGAGAUUCGUACUGUCAGAGCUCUGCUGUGUGUUUGUGCACAGAGGGGACCAUGUGAAACAGUAGAGGCUUUAUAGAAACAUACAGAAGAUAAGAAAGAGGGGGGAAGUAUAUGAUGGAUGGACAGCACUUUCACAGUUGUUCAAUAAAAGCAUAUAAAAAUCUGAAUUGAGGUUAGGAUUAGCUGCUUGUUUUUAGUGGCAGUGUAGUAAAGUUGAAUCAUCAGCAUGGACUUCAGUGCAAGUAAAUAUCAAGAACAGCAUCAUAAGUUUUAACGUUGGCUUCUGAGCGCUGUGUCGUGAGCGCCUUCAUUUUAAUGUCAGAUAGACGGUUUGUGCUGGAGGGCAUUGUCAUCAUCACCUUGUUACUGCCUGGCUGUUCAUUGAUGUCAAAGUGUGCUCUAAUGAGUCAGUGUUUCUAUAUUUAUCCUCUCUGAGCUCAUAGAUCUUGGUUAGAAACACAAGUGGAACUGGAACAUUGUUGACUCUUUGGAAAUCAGUGACUCGUCAUUGUUGUGAAUUAACACAUCGGUCAGCAAGGACAAAUGCAGGACACCAAACCAUGCAGAAAUAGAAAUAUGCAUGUGAAGGAAUGCAUGUGCAAAGUUAUUCACCCAUUGUGUAAUACAAUGAUUAUAAAUAAUGCUUUUAAUACCAUGAUAGAGAGAAUGUACAGUGAGUAACUUUUCAGCUGCAGUAGAAAUAACUUUAUCAAAGGCUGAUGUGUGAGGACAUUUCUAUCACCUGUGUCUGUGUCAGCGAUAUGACCGGGAACUUAAAGCAUUCUUUUUCCGAUAACGAUUUCAUGAUCCCUUCCUCUUUUUACUUCGUAUUUACCGACUUCACAUUUAAAACUAUAAACCUAUCAACAUCUUGA